AUGAAAAAAUCAAUAAUAAUUAUUUUUACAAUUUUAAUAAUAUUUUUAAUAAAUAGUUGUAUUUCACAAGAGACAGAACAACCACAACAAACUCAACAACCAAAUAAUAGACCAAGUUUAAAAGAUGAAAGUUUAAUACAACAAUUAGAUACAAAUAAUAUUGAUCGUAUUUUAAAUCAUGGUAAUAGUGUUUGGUUAUUAAAAUUCUAUGCUCCAUGGUGUAAACAUAGUCAAGAGUUUCAAAAAACCUUUGUAGAAAUGUCACAUUUAUUAAAGGAUCAUUUAAGUUUUGGUUCAGUAGAUUGUAUCAAUGAUCCAAUGUUAUUACACCGUUUUGAAAUUACUGCAUACCCAACAUUGAAAUUCUUAUACAAUGGUCAGUUAUUUGAAUUCCAAGGAGAGAGAACCAUUGAACAUAUAGUUCAAUUCUUGCAAGCUGGUUAUAAAGAUGUGGUGGCUAUGCCUUAUCCAUUGAUUGAUCAACAAGAGAUCUUAAAGAGACAAUUGGAACUUCAAUAUUCUCGUGAAGGUAUGUCACAAGAACAAAUUGAUCAAAUGGAAAAACAAAUUAAAGAGAAACAACAAGAAUAUGAAAUUAAAAGAAAUGCUAGAAAAUAUUUAGAAGUUGAACAUGAUCAUGAUGAAGAAAAAGAAAUUGCUGAAUAUAAAGAAAGAAUUAAUAAUAGAAAAUCAAAUAAUGCUGAUAAUGGUGAAGUACUCGAUAAAGAACCACCAAAAGUUCCAGGUAAUUCAACAAUAGAUUCAAAUUCUAUAAAUAUUUUAGAAUCAAUUUUAGAUUCAAAAAUUGCUUAUCUUUUAUUUGGUAGUAUUUCAACUGGUUUAUUCUUUAUCAUUAAAAAAAGAAUUUCUAAAAAAUCAAAAUUUAUGAAAAUUGCUUAA